AUGCAUCAACUGAAGUUUGCUUUAGCAUCAGCCGCAAAAAUACUGAUACGAAAUCCGGAAGACGUGGCAUCAGCCACGCAUCAACUGAGUGACACUCGUCAGCUCACUCGUACCAUUGCGCUGUUUGAAUGGCUCUUGGCUGACAGUCAACACUCGACUUGCAGCGCCAAAAUUAAUACAGUUAUGGCCGACGUGAGAGAAAUUUUAGAAAUUAACGAUCCAACAAGUAAUGAAAGUCCAACAGUUACUAAGGAGGCAAUUAUUGGUUCAAAUAAGACCAAGAAGACCUCUAAACCUCAGGCUAUUGCUAAGCGACCGGAAGGAAUGAAUCGUGAAGUCUUUGCUUUAUUGAAUUUUGAGAAAGGGCAACAAAAUGUGGAAGACAUGAGUACAACUUCUGGAGGUUACAAACAAGUGAAAGCUAAGCUUGGACGUUCACGAGCUAGGCGUUGGUGUUGGGCACCCUUUUCUAAUCCUGCUAGAACGGAUGGAGCAAGCCUUCAUCACUGGAGGCGAGCUGCAGAUGUUGCGAAGCCUUAUGCUUUUUCCAAGUUUAAUAUCCAACCUAAAGUGUUCACCUAUACACCAGAAGAAUAUGAGCAAUAUUUGCAUGAUGAUACUGGAUCUAAUUGGACUAGAGAAGAAACAGAUCAUUUAUUUAGUCUUUGCAGGACUUUUCAUCUGCAAUUCGUAGUCAUUUACGAUCGUUUUGAUUCCGCUCGAUUUCCGAAUCGCACCAUGGAAGAUCUAAUUGAAAGAUAUUAUGAUAUCAGGAAUAGACUGAUAAAGGCACGAGGUUUAGACGAAAAAAUAUUUAUUUUCGAUGCUGCACACGAAGCUUCUCGUAAAUCUCAACUCGAAAAGUUAUACAAUCGUACUUCAGAGGAGGUUAAAGAAGAAGAAAUGCUAAUGGUAGAGCUUAAGGCGAUUGAGGCGCAACGUAAGGAACGCGUCAAAGGACAGGAAGGGCUCGUUCGCCUCAUGACUGCAAAUGAGAAGAAAGAAGCAAAACAUCCCCCUUCAGGCCGUAAAUCAGCUAAGAAGAAGUCUUUGAAAAAGAAAGGAGAUCAUAAUCAAUCAUCUACCGAUACCGCAAUCAUCAAAUUUCCUGAAAAGUCUAGUGGUGUUUGGCUUCGCAGCAGUAGGAUGAAACUGCCUUUGUCAAUUGGUCAGAAAAAAACCAAAGCUGUAGAGCAAUUUCUUUCAGAAUACGAUCUUCCGCCUGCACCUAUGCCAACUGAAGAAAUAUGCCAAGCGUUCAAUGACUUAAGAGAAAAGAUUCUACUGUUAUUGAAUUUGCGACAAUUAGCUGAUAACUGUGAAUAUGAAGCACAAACUCUCAAACACAAACUGGAAGCUAUAAAUCGAAGUCGAGAAGUAUUACAGUUGAAAUCAGACUUUUGCCACAUUUAUGUACAUAUUCGUAGAUGUCGUAUAUCCAUACUGAAGUUUUCUAUCAAAACGUUAUGA